GGGCGCGGCGCGCGCCCAAAAUUCCCCCGCUCGGUCCCCGCCUCUUGACGCCUAGGGUUCCAACGGCGUCCUCGCCGACGCCGACCACCGCCGACACACCCUCCAAUCCAAGAUGUCGCAUCCCAUCACCCCGCGCCGCGCCACCCGCUCGUCCGCGGCCGAUCCCGCCUCCCCGUCCGGACCCAGGCCCAAACCGACGCCCAGGCGCCAACCCGUCUCCACCGCCGCCGCGAACGCGAAGCAGGAGGAAGGAGAGGAGCACGAGCGGAGCCCCGUCGACGCGCUCCUCGAGGCGCUGCCCGGCCGCCGCGAGCAGGCGACGGACCUGCUCCGGCUCCUGGCGCCCGCGCCGGCGCUCCCGCUCCUCCUCCACGGGGGCGCCGCCACGGGCAAGACGCGCGCGCUCCUCCUCGCUCUCCGCCACGUGCGCCCCCGCCCGCUGCGCGUCGCCUACGCCGCCCUGCGCUCGCUACCGUCCCCUCGCGCCCUGUUCUCCUCCGUCCUCGCCCAACUCAGCCCGCCUUCGUCGUCCUCCUCCUCCUCCCGCCUGCGCGUCCCCGACAAGCCCUCGGACUUCGUCGCCGCGCUCCGCGACGCGCUUGCUGGCCUCUCCGCGCGGGGCGAGGCCGUGUAUCUGGUGUUCGAUAAUUUGGAGGUUGUUAGGAGCUGGGACAAGGGUGGCCAGCUUCUGGCGCUCCUCCUCCGCCUCUACGAUCUCCUCCGAUUGCCGCAGGUCGUGCUCGUCUACGUGAGCAGUGCUACACCUGACGCGUACUACUCCAUGACUGGCUCUGUCGAGCCGAAUCACAUUUACUUCCCUGAUUAUACAGUGGACGAGGUACGAGACAUCCUGAUGCGAGGCCAUCCAAAUCCGAAGCUGUACUCAUCGUUCCUUAGUGUGGCGCUGAAGCCAUUGUUCCGGGUAACAAGGAGGGUAGAUGAACUGGUGGCUGCACUGGAGCCACUUUUCAGGAGGUACUGCGAGCCAUUGGGGGAUUUGAAGGCCGUUCCGGAUGAGAGCAUCAAAAGAAGGUUGUUUGAACAUAUACAGCCACAUUUGGCUGUUGCCAUGAACGAGACUUUCAUUGUUCCCACGAGGGUUUCUGUGGAUGAAUGCAAAGACCACAGUUCUCGUGGGAAGGCCAGUAGUAAAAGACAGUUUGGCAGUAGGGAUGGCUUGCCGACUGAAUUGGAGUUCCACAUGUCUGUGUCUGCGAAAUACUUACUAUUGUCAGCUUUCCUGGCUUCAAGGAACCCGGCUACUCUUGAUGCAGCUUUGUUCGAUUCAACUGGAGGGUCAGAUAACAAUAGGCGUAAGAGAAAGAGCUCUCAAGCAUCGAUGAAUAUGAAGGACACCAUGGCCGAAGAGAUGCUUAUGAAAGGCCCCGGCACAUUUCCUCUUGAGAGGCUCUUGGCUAUAUUUCAGUGUAUCACAUCAGUGUCAGAAGAUGAUCUCGGUGAUGUUGAAUGUUCUGAUAGUAUGAUGAAUGGAAGUGGAAUGACUGGUUUGAUGUCAGAUGUUCUUUUGCAACUGUCAACACUUUGCAAUUCUAAUUUCCUCUCCAAAAGCCGGAGCUGCCCGAUGGAAGGCUCAGCUAGAUAUCGAUCUAACAUUGAUGAAGAUUUAGCACUCAAGGUUGCCAGGAGUGUUAGUUUCCCCCUCUCGAAGUAUAUUUACAGAAGAUAGCCUUUGCAUCCUUAGCCUAGGCUGUAACAACUGUUGUCUGUUGUUGUUGGGUUUAGACUAUAAUGGGAUCCAAUUUGUCUAUUUCACAAGAUGGUAGAGCAUCAAGGGAUAAAGCAAAUGCUAUAUGCUCUAUCUUCUUUAGUGUGUUGACUUCUGAUAGUCCUGUUUCUCAGUCAGACAACGAGUACGGUGUCUGAUCCUGGAUCUAGUGGUAACUUAACAUUCUGAGCUUUAUGGAGAUGUCUCAGAAGUAGCAUUAUGUCAAUAGCUCGUGCCAUUCAGACAGAAAAGAACCAUUAGCAUCUGAAUAUAGCCAUGCUGCUUAGUUUGCUAGAUGUUCUUUUCUUCACAAUUCAAAUGUAAUGCGGUUUUUGUGUGUCACAGUGGUACCACGAUUCUAUCUGAAAGAGAUCAGUGCCACUUUGUCCAAGUCCAAUGUUGUUGUAAUGAUCUGUAUUAAGUGAUUAUUCCAUUCACAACCAUAUGAACUUCCAGUGGUACUGGUUUAGAACCCUUAACAUAGCAUUGGGCUGUUGAGGUAUUGCCUGCAGCUGAUUAGACCUUAUGAAUGCAUUUUAUUCUUUGGGACU